UUCUCAUGGAAAGCCUUCAUAACCAUAAAAUCCAUAUCCCUCUAUUUUCUCUGUGUUUUUUUUCUCCUCCACUUCUCAUCCCUUCACUUUCUCUCUUUAGCCUGUCAGCAACCUGAUAAGUAUUUCGUUAAUUGUGUGUCUAAAGCUGAUGCAAACCUCAGUGGCCGGGUGUUCACUGCAGACUCGAGUUCUGGUUUUUUGUGCUCAGAGAAAAGCAGGGCCAUUCAAAGAACCAACCAGUCGCCAAGUCCGUACCAACCAGCAAGAAUUUUCAGCCAGCAAUCCUACUAUCAGUUCGGGAUCAAUGAAACCGGUACUUAUCUUGUACGCCUGCAUUUCUUGGCUUUCUCCUCCUCAGUUAAUCUCUCCACAGCUCUUUUUGAUGUUCUGGCUUUUCCUAAUGUUUCAAAUUCUGGGUUCAAACUGUUAAGCAAUUUCACUGCUAAGAAUAGUAGCAACUCUCCUUUCAUAGAGGAGUUCUUCAUUGGGAUUGAUCCUGGCACAUUUAAAAUAUAUUUUGUUCCUCAAGCAUCAUCUUUUGCAUUUGUAAAUGCCACUGAAGUCUUCCUUGCCCCUGCAAGUUUCAGCCCUGAGAAUUACACCAGUAGUUUCCCUUUAGUUCUACGUACAACUUACAGGGUGAAUGUUGGAGGCCAGAAAAUCAAACCAGAUAAUGACGCAAUAUGGAGAAAGUGGGAUACUGAUUCUAUUUAUCUGUCUAAUUCAAACGCUGCAGAGGAUAACCAACCCUCCUUACAGUCGCCUAAUUGGCAGUCAUUAGAAUCAGAUGGUUUCGUUGGUGCUGCUAGUGAUUGUAUUGCUCCAUCUUCAGUUUACCAGACUGCCAAAUUGAUGACCACUAGUAAUGAGCCAUCCAAUCCCUUCAACAUAACCUGGUCUCUUAAUGUGACUGCGGAUGCUAGACACCUCGUCCGGGUUCAUUUCUGUGACAUUAUCGGUCCGCCUGGUAAUUUAGUAUUUAACUUGUAUUCAAAUGGAAACUUCAUUAAGAAGGUUGGUGGACCCGAUUUCAGUUUUAGUGACCUGUACUGGCCUUUCUACUAUGAUUUUGUAUUGAGUUCUAAUGGAUCUGAAUUCAUUUACAUCAGCGUAGGCCCUAGCAUACACACAACAACAACAAACAAUUCCUUUCUAAAUGGACUGGAAAUGUUGGGGAUAAUAGAGGGACCAGCUUUAAGUAACCCUCCAGCUUCUGUUUGUAAUAUGAAAGGGCGCAAGAAGAUAAAGGUGGGUCUUGUGGUUGGUUCAGUUAUUGGAGGCCUGUCACUUAUCUGCAUUCUGAUUGUCGGAAUCUUGUUCGGUUUGAAAUACAGAAAGGCAAAGCGUGUUGAAACUUCGGAAUGGUCACCAAUGCCUGCAUUUGGAGGAGGGAGUACCCACAGCAGGUUGACUGAUGGAACUAUUACUGGUUCCCCUAUGAAUUAUCUAAAUCUUGGGUUGAAGAUAUCUUUUGCUGAACUUCAGCAAGCAACAAACAACUUUGACACAAAAUUGUUGAUAGGUGAGGGUGGCUUUGGGAAUGUCUACAGAGGAACUCUGUUGAAUGGCAGAAAUGUCGCUGUCAAGCGAGGUAAACGAGAUGAGAAAGGGUCAGGCCAAGGCCUUCCAGAAUUUCAAACAGAGAUCAUGGUUUUGUGCAAGAUUCGCCACCGUCAUCUUGUUUCCUUAAUUGGGUACUGUGAUGAAAGGUCUGAGAUGAUACUGGUCUACGAGUUCAUGGAAAAAGGGAGCUUGAGAGAUCAUUUAUAUGAUUCAAACUUGCCUCGCUUGUCAUGGAAGCAAAGGCUUGAAAUUUGCAUUGGUGCAGCAAGGGGUCUUCAUUACCUCCACACAGGUGCAGCGGGGGGAAUCAUUCACCGUGAUGUUAAGUCCACCAACAUCUUGUUGGAUGAAAACCAUGUUGCCAAAGUUUCUGACUUUGGCCUUUCAAGAUCUGGUCCUCUUGAUGAAACACAUGUCAGCACAAAUGUUAAAGGCACUUUUGGUUACCUUGAUCCUGAGUACAUAAUGUCCCAACAGUUGACAGAAAAAUCUGAUGUUUACUCGUUCGGUGUGGUUCUCCUUGAGGUGUUAUGUGCAAGACCUGCUAUUGAUAGAAUGCUCCCAAGAGACCAAAUGACUUUAGCUGAAUGGGGAAUGCUUUGCAAGAAGAAAGGGUUGCUUGAACAGAUUGUUGACUCUUCAAUCAAUUAUCAGAUUGAUCCUAGCUCAUUAAGAAAAUUUAGUGAGACAGCAGAGAAAUGCUUGCAAGAAGAUGCUAAUGAUAGGCCUACAAUGGGUGAUGUGCUGUGGGACUUGGAGUAUGCAUUCCAGCUCCAGCAAACAGCAAAGCAUAGAGAACCCCAUGAAGACAGCACAGCCAAUGCUUCAUCAGCAUCUGUUUUGCCAAAUAUUCAGCGUUUUCCUUCAGUUAGCUCUACGAUUAACAUAGAUGAUCUGGCUCUUCCCGGAGACGAUGAAUUAGAUACAACAGAAGUUGAAGUUUUCUCCCAAUUGAGAGUUGGUGAUAAUCCAGUGACUCCAUUAUCUGUCAUGGAAAAUCUUCAUAACUGUAGAACCCUUGUCCCCAUGUUUUCUCUGCUUGCUCUUCUCCUCCACUUAUCAUCCUUUCACUCUCUGUCUCUAGCUUAUGAGCUCCCAGAUGAGAAUUUCAUCAAUUGUGGAUCAGAUGCUGCUAUAAACUUUACUGGCAGGACGUUCAUUGCAGAUGAUUACUUCUCCUCACAGAAAAGCAAGGCUGUCAAAGCCAGCAACCAGCUUCCAGAUAAUAUAUCAACUCUCUACCAAACAGCAAGAAUUUUCAGCCAGCAAUCCUACUAUAAGUUCGAGAUUAGUGAAAACGGUACUUAUUUUGUACGCCUGCAUUUCUUGGCUUUCUCCUCCUCAGUUAAUCUCUCCACAGCUUUUUUUGAUGUUCUGGCUUUUCCUAAUGUUUCAAAUUCUGGGUUCAAACUGUUGAGCAAUUUCACUGCUAAGAAUAGUAGCAACUCUCCUUUGAUAAAGGAGUUCUUCCUUGGGAUUGAUCCUGGCACGUUUAAAAUAUAUUUUGUUCCUCAAGCAUCAUCUUUUGCAUUUGUAAAUGCCAUUGAAGUCUUCCUUGCUCCUGCAAGUUUCAGCCCUGAGAAUUACAACAGUAGUCUUCCUUUAGUUCUGCAUACAAUUUACAGGGUGAAUGUUGGAGGCCAGAAAAUCACACCAGAUAAUGACAAAAGAUGGAGAAACUGGGAACAAGAUGAUAGGUAUCUGUCUGAUCCAAACUCUGCCAAGGAAUUCCACUACCCGGGGGAGCCUAGUUAUUACAAUAAUGGAGAGCUUAAUGAUCCAGUCACUCAUUUCAUUGCUGCUAAUGAUUUUAUUGCCCCGGAUUCUGUUUACCGAACUGCCAAAGAGAUGAAUAUUACUCCUAGCAGGCCAUUCAAUUCCUUCAACAUAACCUGGUCUUUUAAUGCGGCGAGAAGAAACGCUAGGCACCUUGUCCGGGUUCACUUCUGUGACAUUAUUGGUCAACCUGGUAAUAUAGUAUUUAAUUUAUACUCAAAUGGCAACUUCAGUAAGAAGGUUGGUGGAAGUCAGUCCUUAUUCGAUACACAGUCGGGUACUCCUUUCUACUAUGAUUUUGUGGUGAGUUCUAAUGAGUCUCAACACAUUAGCAUCAGCGUAGGCGCUCGGACAAACUCUACAAACAAAACUGCCUUUCUGAAUGGUCUGGAAAUGUUGGAGAUAAUGGAGGGCUCAGUUUCAGUUUCUGAUGUGAAAGAGUCUGUGAAGAAAAAUGUGGGUCUUGUGGUUGGUUCGGUUGUUGGAAGCCUGUCUUUCAUCUGCAUUUUGGCUUUCGGAAUCUUGUUUGGUUUGAAACACAUAAGAAGGUUGACUGCGAUUCGUGGGCUGAAGAUAUCAUUUGCUGAAGUUCAGCGUGCAACAAACAACUUUGACGAUGAGAAGCUGCUUGGUGAAGGUGGCUUUGGGAAUGUUUACAGAGGAACUCUCCUCGAUGGAAGAGAAGUAGCUGUCAAGAGAGCUAAGAAAGGUUCAGGCCAAGGCCUUCGAGAAUUCCAUACAGAGAUCAAGAUUUUGUCCAAGAUUCACCAUCGCCAUCUUGUUUCCUUAAUUGGGUACUGUGAUCAAAAGUCUGAGAUGAUAAUUGUCUAUGAGUUCAUGGAAAAUGGGACCUUGACAGAUCACUUAUAUGGUUCGGACUUGCCACGUAUGCCUUGGAAGCAGAGACUUGAAAUUUGCCUUGGUGCAGCAAGGGGUCUGGAUUACCUCCACACAGUUGCAGCUGGGGCCAUCAUUCACCGUGAUGUUAAGUCCAACAACAUAUUGCUUGAUAAAUAUAAUGUUGCUAAAGUUGCUGACUUUGGCCUUUCAAAACAUGGUUCUGUUGAUGAAACUCAUGUCGUCACCAAAGUGAAAGGCACCCUUGGUUACCUUGAUCCGGACUACAUGAUGUCCGAACAGUUGUCUGAAAAAUCUGAUGUGUACUCGUUCGGGGUAGUUCUUCUUGAGGUGUUAUGUGGAAGACCUCCUAUUGAUGGAAAUCUCCCAAGAGAUGAAAUGAACUUAGCUGAAUGGGUUCUACAUUGCAAGACGAAAGGGUUGCUUGAACAGGUUGUAGACUCUUCACUUGAGGGUCAGAUUGAUGCUAACUCGCUGCGAGUAUUUAGUGACACGGCUGAGAAAUGUCUCCGAAAAGAAGUUAAUGAUCGGCCUACAAUGGGUAAUGUGCUGUCUGACUUGGAAUAUGCAUUAAGGCUCCAUCUAGCACUAAAUCCUAGAGAACUUAGUUCUGAGGACAGCACAGCCAAUGCUUCAUCAGCAUUCAUAAAUGUUGAGCGUCUUCCUUCACUUAGUUCCACAGUUAACGCAGACGAUACAGCUGUCUCCGCGGUCGGAUCGGUGGACACAACACCAAGCCAAGUUUUCUCCCAGUUGAAGUUUGGCGAUGCCAGAUAAGGAUAAGCUUGUGUGUUCUAUGAAGUAUUAAUAUUACCCUUGUUUUUAGUUUCUUGCCAGUAAAGCUAACUUUGGUGUGGCUGUGUUGAUUUUGGUAUUGUCUUUGAUUAUUGUACUAUUAGCUCUGAUAUCUCAUCUUUAAGAUUCAACCUAGUAGUGUUGUUUCUCAUCUUUGAUUGAACC